CGCGGGUGCAGCCGCGGGGAAACAAAUUGUCUGCAAGCACUCGCCUUUUAAUUCACAUUCAUUCAGGGACUCACAAGUAACGAUAGACACCAUCAGAGUCGGGUCUCAGUUGUUGGAAUACCUAAAAACUGGAACUUACGGAGAAGGACCGGACAAAAACGAAUCGAAGGGGGAACUUGCUCAUGCUACAAACAGGCUAUAUAUUUUUCAUGAGCAAUUGUGCUUUGUUUUUUUUGUACUUGUCAUUUUUGUAAAAUCUGGUAUUUGUUUUUCCACUAUUCAGCGCUUUUCCAUUACAAUUGGGCAAACUUGUGCGUGCAUAGAAUAGUAGGCAACUAUGGUGUUCAUAGCCUACUGAUGCAUUUAAAGCGCACCUGCGCUAAGAUCAAAACGAUUUAUUUUUGACUAACCAAGAAAAAGUCACUGUAGGCCUAGGCUGUUGGCAAAUGCCUUAGAAUGACAAUUGUCAACAAUGUUGGAUACAAACUUGGCUGCAGCUAUAUAGUGGAGACUUUUUUUUAAAUCCAACAAGUCUCUAAUUUGGCAUUGGCCAUAGGCGAUAUAUUAUAAAGAGACUGUACAAUCAGAAUAAUUAUUAAGGACAUAAGCUGCAUAUAGUUUUUGUACGUACGGAUGCUGUCCUGUCUUCAAUUGGACGAUCAAAACUGUUACAUAGGCAGCGCCUGUCAAACCCUUGGGAUCCAUCCCCGUGAGCAAAAUGAGUCUCCACUGAGGCUACUGCGCAUGACAGUCUGCUGGACAGCUCCAGAGAGGGAAAUUUAAAAACGGUUUUAGGGAAACAAGUGCAGCACUGUGAAAAUACAGUAGGCUACACGGACUCAUUACCAGCUCACUUUUUCAGCAGAUUAUCCUAAACAGCAUUAUCAAAUAAACCAGGAAAUGAUAGAAAGUGGAAUUACAUCCAGAAUGUCAGGAAUUCUUGAAAAUUCUGGCCAUCAUCCCUCUCCACAAGAUUACAGACUCCUAACCACAGACCCCUCCCAGCUACGAGAGGAGGAUCUCCCCGGGGACCUGCAGUCUCUGUCGUGGCUCACCUCUGUGGACGUGCCCCGGCUGCAGCAGAUGGCUGAUGGUCGCGGCGGCGCCGGAGGAGACUUCAGCGCUCCGUCCCAGGGGCAGGGUUGCAGCCUGCUAGAGCAGCAGACAGCUCAGCUGAACAACAUGACCAUGGCAGGGGGACAGGGAGCCAUGAUUCACCUACAGAGCAACAUGCAGCACAGCCCCCUGGGAAUUAAUGUCAUCACUACCCACAGCGGAAGUAUGUCUCCAUUCUCCAUGAAUGGGCAGCCCUCCCCUGGGUACCAGUGUCCUGCCUCUGUCUACCAACCUACAGCCCAACAAGUGUUCACUCUGACCCAGGCAAGCCAGCAGUGUUCUCCUGCUGGGCUUUACAGCAAUGUCUCCUUCAACAACCAAAGCCUGUUCACACAGCCCCGUCUGGCUCCACAAAGCCAGGACCUGCAGCCUAAGUCUUUCCCUAAGCCCAUCUACUCCUACAGCUGUUUGAUUGCUAUGGCCCUGAAGAAUAGCAAGACGGGCAGCCUCCCAGUCAGUGAGAUCUACAGCUUUAUGAAGGAGCAUUUCCCCUACUUUAAGACAGCACCAGAUGGAUGGAAGAACUCAGUACGACACAACCUGUCUCUAAAUAAGUGCUUUGAGAAGGUGGAGAACAAGAUGAGCGGGUCCUCGCGCAAGGGCUGUCUUUGGGCCCUGAACCCAGCCAAGAUUGACAAGAUGGAGGAGGAGAUGCAGAAGUGGAAACGCAAGGACCUCCCAGCCAUCCGACGAAGCAUGGCCAACCCUGAUGAGUUGGACAAACUGAUCACGGACCGGCCAGAAAGCUGCAGACGGAAGCCCCUGGACCCUGGGAUGACCCGUCUGACCAGCUGUCCAUCCGGCCUGUCCCUGCCCGUCCCGGGCCAGAUGCAGGCCCACCCUGUUGUCACCCUGUCGCUGCAGUGCCUGCCCAUGCACCAGCACCAACAGCUCCAUGCCCAGGCCAGGCUGGCCCCGGUGUCCCCCGCCCCUGCCCAGACACCCCCCCUCCACACCGUUCCGGACCUCUCCCACAGCCCCCUCACCACCCAGCAUUCCGGCAAGCAGCCCCACGACUUCUACAGUCUCCACGGUGACGUCAACGCGGAGGUGGACGCCCUGGACCCCAGCAUCAUGGACUUUGCUCUACAAGGUAACCUGUGGGAGGAGAUGAAAGAUGACAGCUUUAACCUGGAGGCGUUGGGCACCUUCAGUAACUCUCCUCUGCGUCUGUCGGACUGUGACCUGGGUACCAUGACCGGCAGCCUCCCUCCCGCGUCCAGCGGGGGUGGUAUGCCCUUCUCAGACCUGCAGGUGACUGGCCUGUACACUUCCUACGCCGCCCUGGACGGCCUUUCCUCUCAAUAUAUGGGGACGCCAGGCAACAGCAAGCCCAUCACCGCCCUGCUUUAAUGAACAGCUCAGUACGACCGAGUGGAAGGGGAAGCACAGGCAGGGCUGCACUGAGGCAUAACCAACAGAAUCAAAAUACAACAAACUACAUUUUUGCACAGUGGAUCAAAUUGUCGAUAGCCCUCUCGGGCAUCAAACAGCCACCACAUCUCCAUAGACCGAAAGGCCUGAAUCCUCAUAAGUUUUCUUUGCCCAGUAACAGAACGACCGGUGUUGCUGAAUCCAAGCCCCUGCUAACAGAAAGAAGACCUUUGGAAUUCGGACAAAAUCAUUGUUUUUCCAAAGUGGGAACAGUUUAAUUGAGGAAUUUGACCAAAAUAAACUGACGUUCUUGGGGGGUACAAUACAACUUGGCAGGACAGAUGUACCUCCGGCUAACAAUUGUCCCAUUGACAUGUCUGUGUUUUUGGCCUUAUCAUGGUCCUGUUAGUUCUUUAUCUGUUGUCUGUAUUGUACUAGACAGUGUCACUGUUACUGUGUUUUAUUUAUAUUUAUAAAUGGCAGCCUGCGAAUGGGAGGAAUUUAUCAAACAUGGAUACCUGUAAAUAUUUCAAUGUUUUAAAUCCCUGUUAUCUCCAUGGAAAAGCUAUUGUUUCUUUAACAGUAUUUACCCAUACAAUCUCAAAUUCCAAUAUCAAAAUUGUCAAAUAUGUUUGUUGGCCAUUUACAACCAUUUGGUAUUUAAAUGUUAAAAUCCAUCUGUUUUGAAUUCACAUUAUUGUUUUACUAAAUAAUAUCAGGCUCAAUGUACUGUAAAAUUAUACAUUAAUAAAGUCAC